GGCGGGACCCCCGGCAUGGCCUCGGGCAAGGCGGCGGGGGAGCGGCGCUGGGAGCUGGUGCGCUGGUACGUGCGAGAGGGCCGCUUCCGCAUCGAGGAGAGGACGCUGACGGCUUUCCAGUGGCUCCACUCGCCCCAGCAGCACCGCAUCGUCAGCAGGGCAGACCUGGGCUCCCCCAGCAGGAUCGACAAGACGAUGCUGGCCAGCCUGAAGAUCAAGAAGCAGGAGCUGCUGAACAGCACGGAUGUGGCCGUCCCGGAGCGGCCGCUGUCCCCCCCGCUGACGGCGCCCCCGACCAUGAAGUCGGCAGAAUUCUUCGAAAUGCUGGAAAAAAUGCAGGCACCAAAACUGGAAGAACAGAGGUCUGGAAGCCAAAAACACAAGGAAGACUACAUCCCGUACCCCAGCAUCGAUGAGAUCCUGGAGAAGGGCAGCCCAUACCCACUGAUCAUCCUGCCCCAGUUUGGGGGGUACUGGAUAGAAGACCCAGAAAACCUUGGCACGCCCACCUCAUCUGACAGCAGCAUCUGCGAGGAGGAGGAGGAAAACCUCAGCCCCAGCACCUAUGGCUACAAGCUGGAGUGCAAGGGAGAGGCCAGAGCCUACCGCAAGCAUUUCCUGGGGAAGGAUCAUUUAAAUUUCUACUGUACAGCCAGCAGCCUUGGAAAUCUGAUCCUUUCUGUUAAAUGCGAGGAGACAGAUGGCACAGAAUAUUUAAGGGUUAUACUCAGGUCUAAAGUGAAGACGUUGCAUGAAAGGAUCCCAUUGGCAGGAUUCAGCAAACUCCCGAGUAUCCCCCAGAUUGCAAAGGCCUUCUGUGACGAUGCCUCUGGGCUGAAGUUUAACCCGGUUCUCUACCCCAAGGCAUCCCAGAUGAUAGUGUCCUAUGAUGAGCAUGAGGUCAACAACACGUUCAAGUUUGGUGUGAUCUAUCAGAAGUUCAGGCAGACACAAGAGGAGGAGCUGUUUGGCAAUAAUGAAGAGAGCACUGCCUUCAAGAACUUCUUAAGUUUUCUGGGAGACACCAUAACUCUCCAGGACUUCAAAGGUUUUCGAGGAGGCCUGGAUGUCAGCCAUGGGCAGACGGGAGUGGAGUCUGUGUACACGGUGUUCAGGGACAGGGAGAUAAUGUUUCAUGUCUCCACCAAGCUGCCUUUUACCGAAGGAGACACACAACAACUCCAGAGGAAGAGGCACAUUGGCAACGACAUAGUGGCAAUUAUCUUCCAAGAGGAGAACACGCCAUUCGUGCCAGACAUGAUUGCCUCCAACUUCCUGCACGCCUACAUCGUGGUGCAGGUGGAGAACCCCGAGGCAGACAAUACAGCAUACAAGGUGUCAGUCACAGCCCGGGAAGAUGUUCCCUCCUUUGGCCCGCCCCUGCCGAGCCCGCCGGUGUUCCAGAAGAGCCCCGAGUUCCGGGAGUUCCUGCUGACCAAGCUCAUCAAUGCUGAGAACGCCUGCUGCAAGUCCGACAAGUUUGCCAAGCUGGAGGACCGGACACGGGCUGCCCUGCUGGACAACCUGCACGACGAGCUGCACGGGCACACGCAGACCAUGCUGGGGCUGGGGCCCGAGGAGGACAAGAUGGAGAAUGGCGGUCACGGAGGCUUCCUGGAGUCUUUCAAGAGAGCCAUCCGGGUGCGCAGCCACUCCAUGGAGACCAUGGUGGGAAGCCAGAAGAAGCACCAUGGCAGCGGCAUCCCAGGCAGCCUCAGUGGGGGCAUUGCCCACAACAGCGGCGAGGUGACCAAGACCACCUUCUCGCCCCCUGUCCCAGCUGUUGCUGCCAAGAACCAGUCCAGGAGCCCCAUCAAGCGCCGCUCAGGGCUGUUCCCCCGCCUGCACACGACAUCGGAGAGCCAGGCGGAGAGCAGGGCAAGGUGCGACAGUGUUUCUGGAGCCCAGAAGACACCAGAUUUGGGACAUUCUUCCCAAGAGAUGAAAUCUGAAACCUCAUCCAACCCCAGCUCCCCUGAAAUAUGCCCCAACAAAGACAGGCCUUUUAUCAAGCUGAAAGAGAACGGGCGGUCGAACAUCUCCCGUUCCUCCUCCAGCACCAGCAGCUUCAGCAGCACGGCGGGGGAGAGCGAGACCCUGGAGGAGUACGACAGCGUGGGGAGCCAGCCCUCCACGGCGUCACCGUUCAAGCAGGAGGUGUUCGUGUACAGCGCUUCGCCCGGCAGCGACAGCCCCGGCGCGGGGGCCGCGGCCACCCCCGUCAUCAUGAGCAGGAGCCCCACAGCAGAUCUAAAGAACAGAAAUUCUCCAAGGUCCAACCUGAAGUUUCGCUUUGACAAGCUCAGCCAUGGCAGCUCCAGCCUGAGCCACUAGCAGGAGGAAGUCAUGAACUUGUCACAGAAUGUUUCAACAAAGGGAAAAAUCUUCAACCCCCCCCAUGGAGCACGCACGCCCCGGCCAUGGGCAGCGAGGUGCCCUCGCCCACACACCAGAACAGAGCUCUCACCUUGCUGCAGCCCUGUCCUGACAGGGACAGCCACCUUCUCACCCCGUGCUGUGCAGCACAGCCCUGUGCCCCUCUGCGUGCAGGAGGGGACUGUCCCUGCCUGUGCUGCACUCCUGGCCAGGGCCAUGUCCCCUUCUGGUCACCCUGUGCUUGCCCAGUGUGCCACAGCUGGUGGCACCAUCCAUCCCCCUGUCCCUGGGUUGCCUGGCAGCUCCUUCUGGGCAGAGGGGCAGCAGGAGAGACCUCCACAAAGUUUAGGUCCCUCCAUGCUUUAUUUGCAGUUACCAGUGGGGAAACAGGGGUUGGUUUAUGUUUGUUUUUUGAAGGGUGGGGGUCAGGCCAAGGUUAGGUGUUAGUGGCUCUGGGGCAGUUUACCUUCCACCAUCGUUUGCUGUUGCUCUUCUCUGGGGACAAUGGGGCAGAACCUCCCAGGGGGGUCCUGGGCAGCUCUCCCUGGAGUGGGGUCUGCAGGGUCCCUCCAGCCAUCCCCCAGCUCCUGCCUACACCCCAAAACUCUUGGGGCAGAGGCAGCCCCUCGCUCCAGACUUGCUCAGUUUCUUGCACACGAGGCAGUGAGUGACUUGGCCCAGGGAGGGCAGCUGGGGACAGCAGCCAGCUCAUCCUCCUUGGCAGGUUCAUCCUGCCUUCUUUGUCCCUGCCUGACACUGGGCACAGGCCUGGGAAAGGUGAUCCAAAGUUGUGCUGUAUUACGGCUUUAGCUUUUCUUAGUGCUAGAACUGGAACCAGAGGGGAUUUGCCUGGUGGGCUCUGCUUUUCCCUAUGGCUUGGAUCACCAGGCAGGCAAACGCAUAAAACUCUGGUGAUUUGGGAGGCAUUAGGCUGCUCCAGCCCUUACAGAGUCUGUCCUGCUGCUUUUGAGCAAACUCUUGUUAUUACGAAAGGAUUAUAGAUUCUGCAAGGUAACUCUCCGAUAAUGCCCUUUCCCAGAAAAUACCUCUCUCAAUAUGCCAAGAAAUCCUUUUGCUCUUUUAUGGAGCUUCAUGUGAAGUUUCCUGAAGCCUGUCCGUAAAUUUCACGUUGCCCAUAGAUUUCCCUUACCCAUUUUCUAGAAGACAGGCCAUGAUGCUGCAGAGAUAUUCCCCCCUGUCCCCCCAGCCUGUGACCUUUGGACACCCUCAUGAAAUCAGGUUCUCAGUCUCAAGUGAACGCAGUUCUUCAGGUUUGUGAUUCCUACUGAAAGCAGGACUUUGAGUGCCAAAGCCGCCUUCCCCCGUGGGUGCUCCAAGAGCACAAAGCGCCUGGCAGAGGUUUCAGAGGGGCAGAGCUGUGCUCCUGGAGCAGCCCUGGCUGUGCCUGCUCCUGCUCCCCUCUCUGGGGCCAGUGCUCAUGGGGUUCAGCCACCACCUGCCCUCCUCCUGUCAUCUCCCUGGCCAGAGGCGAGCCCAGGCAAGCAGGACGUGCUCUGCUCACCCUGGUCCUGCAGGGAGGUGCUCUCCAAGAGCCUUAGACCCGGUUCACACAGGUGCUGGAAUUAAUCCAUGGGGAAGGCUGUAGCUAUGAUGGGUGGGGGGGAUCCAAGUUAAAGAAGGAGAACAGUUGUGAAAAGGCAGGGAACAGUUUCACCGGCCCUAAGUGCUGUGUAGGACUAGUAAAUACCAAUAAUUCCCGUGGGCAUGCUCCCUCCUGCUCCCAGCCAGCUGCAUUUCAAUAGGGUUUAAGCCUUGAGUUUCCUCUGGAAGGGGAGCAUGCCGUGUGCUCAGCCCAGCCCACAGCUGUAGGUGUCUCAGGAUCACACACUUUGCUGCUCAGCACUUGUCUGAUGAUGCUUCAGUAGCACUUUCAAACCCACCCCCAAUUUGCCUCCUGGAAGCUUUGGUCUGAUUUCCUGAGGCUGCAGAGUGAAACACUGACUGGUGCAAUGACUUGCUCCCAGGGUCUGCUCUGGGAUUUUUUCCUCUGAGAAGUCACUCGGUUCUGUAGAUGUUGUCAUUCCUGUGGGUGUUGAUCUCCGUGAGAUCUUUCAGCAGAUGAUGCAGUGGCUACUGUCAGCUGGUUUGCCAUUUUUGGUUGUUUUGUUGCUUUCUUUUUUUUUUUUUCACUUGAAACUGUGGCUUUCUUUUUUGACCUAGAUAGAUUUGGGAAUUAUUCGAACGGGACUAACAGGCAGAGAACAGUGUGAAGCCUCAGGGAGGGUUGCAGUGCUCUGGGCUUGUCUCCCUGCCAGCCCACCGGAGCAGCGCUGGGGCCGGGUUUGGCUCCAGGGGCCAUUUCCUGCAGCGCUGCUGGGUGCAUUUCCUGCAGCGCUCCUGGGUGCAUGUCCCGCAGCGCUCCUGGGUGCGUGUCCCGCAGUGCUCCUGGGUGCAUUCCCUGCAGCGCUCCUGGGUGCGUGUCCCGCAGCGCUCCUGGGUGCAUUUCCUGCAGCGCUCCUGGGUGCGUGUCCUGCAGCGCUCCUGGGUGCGUGUCCCGCAGCGCUCCU